AUGGCCUAUGUGUUCUUGAUCCAUCUCACAUGCUUCACACUUUUCUGCCCAUUUCAUAUUUUGGCUCAAAAUAGUGGCCUUGUUUCUGUAGGCAGCAUUCUGGCAGCAAAUGAAUCAUCCAUUCCAUGGCUUUCACCUUCUGGUGAUUUUGCAUUUGGCUUUCGGCAACUUCAGGACAAAGAUAUGUUCUUGCUUUCCAUCUGGUAUGACAAAAUACCAGAUAAAACUGUAGCCUGGUAUGUAGGUUCGUUAGGAAAUCCAGUGCCACGAGGAUCUACAGUAGAGCUUCAAGCUAAAAGGGGGCUCGUGCUACGUGAUCCUCAAGGUCAAGAUAUCUGGAGUAGUGCUACUAUAUAUGAUGAGGUGAAUUAUGGUUUUAUGAAUAAUACAGGCAACUUUAUCAUUAUGGCCAGUAAUAAUUAUACAAGGCUGUGGGAAAGUUUCAGGUUUGCAGUUGAUACAAUAUUGCCUUUGCAGAGGCUAACUUAUGGAAGUGUUCUUUAUUCUAGACAGUCUGAAACCAACUUCUCCAGGGGAAGAUUCUCUCUUCGCUUUCAUCAAGAUGGGAAUUUAUUACUUCGGGUUGGCAGUGUUCCAAUUUUGGAUGCUAAUGCUGUGUAUUACAGUAGUCAGACUUCUGAUGCUGUGAACCCAUUGAAUUCUGGCCAAUUUGUCAUGUUUGAUAGCAAGGCCUCCAUGUAUAUUCAGAUGAGGAAUAAUCAAACUAUGCAACUUACCCCCUUUGGGAUCCCACCAGUUUCAGAGAAUUAUCACAGGGCAACUCUGGAUUUUGAUGGAGCCUUCACCCAUUAUUUUCAUCCAAGGACCUUCACUGGCAAGCCAAACUGGACUGCUUUCUGGGCUAUCCCAGAAAAUGUAUGCACUGCAAUGGAUGGAACUAAGGGCAGUGGAGUAUGUGGAUAUAACAGCGUCUGCAGCCUUGUAGGCAGAAAACCUGUUUGUGAGUGUCCACAAGGGUAUUCUCUGCUUGAUCCGAACGACAAGUAUGGUGGCUGUACACCAAACUUUAAUCAAAGUUGUGAUGAACUUGAGCAGCUCCCUGUUGAGGAUAAGUAUGACAUUUUGGCAGGCAGUGACAUUGAAUGGUCGAAUAAAUCUGAGUAUGAGGUAGUAAAUCCAUCUACAGAGGCCAGAUGUAGAAAAGCAUGCUUGCAGGAUUGCUUAUGCGCUGUUGCUGUUUUGAGAAACAGUAGUUGCUGGAAGAAGAAGCUGCCACUAUCUAAUGGGAGAAGUGUCACAAAUAUCAAUUCGAAAGUUUUCCUGAAGUACAGUAAAAGUGAUCUUCCACGACAACCACAUAAUCUGUAUCCAGCAUCAGCCCGAUCGAAGGAUCGAGAAAAUCUUAUACUUGUGGAAUCAGUUCUUCUUGGCACUUCUUUGUUGCUUAAUAUCGUAAUUAUUGGUGCUAUUUGUUUUGGUUUUCAAGUAAUCUACCAAAAUAAUAAGUUAAAUCUUCAUCCAAGUAAAAAUGGUGUGGAAAUAAAUUUGCAUUGUUUUUCUUACAAAAAGCUGGCUGAAGCUACAAAUGGAUUCAGGGAAGAAUUGGGCAGAGGAUCAUUUGGAAUAGUGUAUAAAGGUGAGAUAAAAGUAGGCUCCAUUAAGGACACUGUUGCAGUGAAGAAGCUGGAUAGAGUGGCUCAAGAUGCAGAGAAGGAAUUUCUUGCAGAAGUAAAUACAAUUGGCCAGACAAACCACAAGCAUUUGGUACGUUUACUUGGAUUCUGUUACGAAAAGCAGCAUAGGUUACUGGUUUAUGAGUAUAUGGGGAAUGGCACACUUGCAAGCCUCCUUUUUGGUAAAACAAUACCGAGCUGGAAACUAAGGACCCAAAUUGCCACAGGGAUUGCAAGGGGACUUGUAUACCUGCACGAUGAAUGCAGUUCUCAGAUGAUCCACUGCGACAUAAAGCCUCAGAACAUACUUCUUGAUGAUUACUACAAUGCUCGAAUUUCUGACUUUGGAUUGGCAAAACUUUUGCAGAUUAAUCAGAGUAGAACACUCACAAAUAUCAGAGGAACGAGGGGAUAUGUUGCUCCUGAAUGGUUCAGGAACACUCAGAUCACUUCUAAGGUUGAUGUUUAUAGCUUUGGUGUCCUGUUAUUAGAGAUCAUAUGUUGCCGAAGACAUGUUGAGGAUGCUGACAUUGGUGAAGGAAGAAAUGCAAUCUUAACUGAUUGGGCUUGGGACUGCUUCCAAGAAAGAAGAUUGGAUGCUUUGGUAGAAAAUGAUUUUGAGGUUUUAGAAGACAGGAUGGAGCUAGAAAAAUAUGUUAAGAUUGGCAUUUGGUGCAUUCAGGAAGACCCAUCUCCUAGGCCUACAAUGAGGAAGGUAAGCCAUAUGCUUGAAGGAAUUGUGGAAGUUAUGAUACCCCCUUGUCCCUCUCCUUUCUUCUCUACUAUCUGAGAGAAUUUGUUCAACUAUUUGCCAUGGCCUGUAUUAUCUUACUUUUAUGCAUUGAUCUACUUUUAAUUGGCAAAUUGUAUUAAAUCUCA